AUGAGCGACGACGUGUACCGCCGAGCCGGCCGCGGCGGGGCCGGCAACUACUACUCGAAGCAGGACAUUGCAGAGGUCGACAAGAGACUCAGGGAGCAGGACCCCGAGGCACAGAGGCCGAUCCCGGCAGAUCCGCUGCCGACGGACCCGGCCGAUCCUCCCGCCCCGGCAUCCUCUGCGACAGCAGCGUCGUCGUCCUCUGCCUACGCACGUUCUGGCCGCGGCGGCGCCGGCAACUUUGUCGAUCCGGCGGAGGCUUCUUCAGCAGCCGCUGCUGCUCCUGCCAGUACCGGGACUCCCGCUGCGGCUCCAGCGACAGCAUCGUCGUCGUCAACGGCGGCGGCACCGCGAUACUCGGGCCGUGGCGGCGCCGGCAACUACUCGCACUUUAACCCGUCCGCAGCGCCCGUAGUAGACGAGGAGCAGGAGCGCAAGCGCAAGGAGAUGGUCGACUCGGGCAUCCUCAAGGAGAUCCAGGAGUCGCUGCCGAAGCCGCCGAGGAUAUACCACAUGCACGACGGCGGGGCGAAGAAUAGCAAGACUAGGGCAAGCGAGCCAGAGAUAUGA